GCAGCACAGAGAGAUUUCUAAGGCUGACGAUGGGGCACAUACACCUGAGAAGUUUCCUUCUCCCACUGCUGAUAUCUGCUAUAGGGGUUGUGGCUUCCACUAAUACAGAUAUCUCUGUAUCCGUAUAUGAUGUGACAUCCAGAAGCAUCUACGUCAAAUGGAGUAAAGUCACAGAAGCAACAUCAUAUAAAAUUACUGCAGACCCAGUCAUGACUGCAGCGGAGCCUACAUUUGCAGUGUUUAAUUCAGCCACAACUAUAGGAACUGUAAACACUCUGCUUCCCAACACCAGUUAUGAGGUCACUGUAGAAGCAAUGAACAAAUAUGGCGUCACUAUUGCUCACGCCUAUACUGUUGCAUAUACAGCUCCUGAUGUCCCUAGUAUUGACCAGGCGUACAGCAAGCUAAGCAGCAGCAUCACCGUAGAAUGGGCUGAUGUCCCAGGGGCCACUGGCUACUUGCUGACAGCUCAGGAUGGAGAGUUUUUCUAUGAGACCAUUGUCACACAUUCCCCGGGGACCAUCACUGGUUUGCAACCUGACACCACCUACAAAAUCACAGUGAGAUCUGUGAGUUCUGCUGGUAAAAGUCAGCCAUCUCCACCCAAGAUAGCAAAAACAGUUCUCCCAGCUGUCUCUGUGGCUGUGACCUCUCCCAGCAGUGACUCUUUGAGUGUGAGCUGGCAGCCGGUUCCAUCAGCCAUAUUAUAUUCUGUUUCUGUCAUGAGAUCAGAUGGACUUGGCAACAGAUGGAACCAGAAUACAACCAGUUUGUCUCUGAACUUCACCAUGUUGGACCCAGGCACUAUAUACACAAUCAAGGUGCAUGCUUGGGAAGCCAACGGCACACCCGGGGAUGAUAUCACUUAUAACCAAAUAACACGCCCUGCACUUCCAUCAGACGUUCAGAUAACAUUCAACAGUGGAGCUUUGGAAGCCACUUUUACUGUAAGCGGAGCUGAAGCUACAACUAACUACACUAUUUUUGUUUCUGAUGGAGACACCACCUUGAACUGCACAACAUCUGUGUUACCCUGCUCUAUAUCUUCAUUAUAUUGUGGCAUGGAGUACGCCGUGUCUUUGGUGGCAAGUAAUGAAGCUGGGUCCACUCUGGCACCCAACGCCAGGAACUUCAAAUCUGUCCCUUGUGCACCCAGUGGUAUCACCAUAGAAGAAGAGGUACCUGGGAACCUGUCAGUGUCGUGGUCCAGUGGGACCCUUUCUGAUUAUUAUGUGGUUUUUGCAAAGAGAGAUGACGGGUUUGAAGUUCAGUGUAACACGUCCCAGACUCGUUGCUACUUUCCAGGCGAUUGUGGCUUCAUUUACUUCAUGAGCGUUUUUGCCUAUAACAAGGCUGGUCAAAGUCCUCUAGGAGAUAUCUUCAACUAUACCACAGCUCCCUGCUGCCCGAGCGAUGUCAGUGCACUGUUUGUGUCCAGUGAUACUCUUGAAAUCAUCUGGACUGCUGUCCGAGGUGCUGAAAUCUAUGAGACAAAAGCAGAUGAUGGGGAGAAUGUUAUCCUCUGUAAUGACACAGCUACACUGUGCUCCCUCUCAGCCCUGCAAUGUAACACUCAGUAUAAUGUCUCUGUUUAUUCAUUCAGUGAGAGCAGAGGCAGCAACACGUCAUGUGCCAGCAACUAUAUGAAGACGGCUCCGUGCAGCCCUGAAAUUAUAAAUAUCACAAAACUGGAUACCUCCACCUAUACGGUGUACUGGGAAGGCAACAAUGAAGAUGCUACAUACUCUGUAUCUGCAAAGUCAGACAGUCUGUGGUGGAAUUGCACCGGCUCUGGCACCUUCUGCUCUCUGAGCGACAUUCCCUGCGGAUCUGUGUUUAUGGUCAGUGUGGUGGCGACUACAGCCAUAGGAAGGAGCUUGCCCAGUUACACUGUGCCUCUGGAGACAGCGCCGUGCUGUCCAGCAAACCUCAGUGUAGUCCAAGUGACACAAUCAGCAACCAACCUGAGCUGGUCCAUGUCCAAGGGGGCGCAGACGUACACGGCAAGGCUGGUGUCACAGAAGGGGGAGGCGAAGUGCCACACAAUGCAGGACCACUGCCUGCUGGGAUGUAUCACAUGUGGGACCAAUUACUCAGUGACACUGGAACCCACCAGUGACACUGGUCUCACAUCAGUCUGCAUAUUUCAUGGAUAUUCUUCAAGUGCUUGUUGCCCAUCUGGAGUGAAGCUAUAUAGAUUGUCCAGCAGCGGAAUCCGAGUGACCUGGCGGGCAUCAUCUGAGCCAACUAACUACAGUGCCAACAUGUACAGCUCUAAAGGAAACUUUACAUGCACCCCGAGUCCCGGGGUCAACUACUGUGAUAUCCCUGACAUCCCAUGUGGGGACGUAUACACUGUGAUGGUCUCUCCUGUCACCCACGAAGGAUCCACACUCUCAUUCUGCCCAAAGAAACUCUAUACUGUUACUUGCUCAGGGAACUCACUAGGAAUGGUGAUUUAUCGCGGAAAGAGAAGUGUCAGAUAGAGAUAUCAUGCUGCAAACAGGGUCAUUAAAUAAACCAGGAAUCCAGAAGAAAGCAGAACUCGACACAACAAAAGGCCUUUACUGGACUGUACAACGUUACACUUGCAAACCACAAAUGUAUAUUUGUUAUGUUCUAUCGCCAAACGUAUCAGGGGUUUUUUUUAAACGUAAGAAUUUGCAGUUAUAGUUUGUGUUAUGUAAAUGUCUGAGGCUGUAAACUUACAAUGAAUUCUCACACAAUAAAUACUCUUCAAAGGAAGAUCCUUAUUAUUGAUUUGUGAUGUUAAUAUUUUAAAUUGAUGAUAUGGGAAAAAGUGGUUAGAGUCUAAUAUAUUACUCUCAAAUGUCAGGUUUUCCUCCCCUCUCUCAUGCCUAUUUCUGUGGCAAGGACUCAGCUAGGAUUGGCACAUUGGUUAGGCAAGUCCUGUUUAGUAAUCACUGGUUUAUUAGCGAGAAACUGAAAAUGUCAUCAUGAAGCAUUGUGUCCAUUCUGAUUGGCUAGAAAAUAAUUUCAUCCAAUCAGAAUAAACUAUUGCAUGAUGUCAGUUAGUGUCAGGUGACUACUGGGUCACCUCUUGCUGUCCUUCCUUAGUAAAUCCAGUGACAUCAGCAAGAUAUAAGGUCCGAGUCAGACAGCAGCCUAGAUUUAAAGGGACACGCAAGUCAAACGUUCAUGAUUCAGACAGAACAGCAAUUUUAAACAACUUUCCAAUUUACUUUCAUUAACAAAAUGUGCAGUCUUUUUAUAUUUACACUUUUUGAGUCCUACUUUGCAGGAAUUUAGAAUAUAAGUAUAUAUGUUUGUGAUUGGCUGAUGGCUGUCACAUGGUGCAGUGGGAGUGGAAAUAGACAUAAUUUUGAAAUUUGUUAGAAAAAAAAUCUACUAAGUUCAGACUGAAAGCUAUUGCAUUGUCUUGUUAUUAUGUAUGUGUUGUUUCUGCAAAUCUACUGUAUUGACUGCUGGUCAUUUAUAAGACUUGGUUGUGAAAUAUCCUACUGAAUAAAACUCCUGCAUCAUCACAACUCAAAAA